GCUUGGAAUGAAGAAAGGUGAGCUCGACACGAAGCUGAACCGCUAUCGAGUGGGUGCCCAGCGUCUGAAGGAGACGGAAACAGUGGUGGAUAAGCUCAAGGUAGACCUCACGAAGAUGCAGCCAGUCAUAGAGCAGGGAAAGAAGGACCUCAGCCGCCUGUUCUGGUUGAUGCUGGACGCCUUUGACGAAAUUUGCACCUUGCCGGAACCGGAGAAUAAGCAGACGCUACACAGCAUUGGAGUUGCUACUGUUAUGGACAGUUCAAUGGGAUGCGAUCACAGCAGUUGCAGCCGACUCGCAGCGAUGGCCCGCAUGCUUGACUUGCGGGUUGCAUCCGGACUGUGCUCCUUCUUUGUCGCUAUUGCAGUUGCACUCAGUUUGUCUGGCUUUGAUGGCCUCGGCAAGCUGCCCGCGAGUGUGAUGGGCCUGAGACUUUAUGACCAAGGAACGCCGACCAAGAAACUGCACAUAACACAAAAACCCGAAGAUCCUGCAAUAUGCAGCGCCUCCUGUCCGUCCAUUUCUCCGCUGAAGGCAUGGACGCCUUUUUCGAACAUGCAGGUCAUGACAGAUGUGCAAGUGCUUUGGUCCGGGAAUGGAACCAGCGAUGUGAAGGAGGUCAUGGUGGAUGAAGAAGUUAAGAUCGAGAUCCAUAGACAUUUCUCCUUCGAGGAUGCCCCUAAUGUCUUUGCUUGGAUCCGCUCGGAGGCGGAGGACAUUCUCUAUGCUGAGCUUGGCACGCCCAGUGUGGGUAAGACCGAGAUUGAGGGAUGGAAGGUGUCCUUCAAAAUCAUGGAUCCUGGCCGGUACAUGGUUUAUCUUUUUGCCGUCACGCCGCCUCCACGCGCCAACCGGCUAGAACCCAGAGAAUACAGGAUCGAGGCCCUGAGUGCCAAAGCCCAGGAGCUGCAGGUUUCGCAGUUGAGUCCCGAUGGGCUUGGCUUGUUGACAGCCUUUGAUGCGAGCAGUAUUCCCAAGCGCCAUUGUCAACUGGGGCUGGACGAGAUGAGGGGACGAUGGGUUCGCAGUAGCGUGGUCAGCGAGGCAUCUAGAUGCCUGAGCUUGGGGUGCCCAAGGGAUGGUUGGACGUACGUCUCAAGGACAUGCUACUGGAACGUCUUGAGCGAAGCGGACACCUACAAGCUCCUGGAGAUGAUCGAGAGAGAGCCCGGGAAGCCCCAAAAGCCUCUUUCCUUGAUUGCUGCAGGGAGCUCUGUUCUCCGUGGAAGCCUGCAAAGCCUGCUGGACGCCUUGGUUCCGAAUGCUUGGCAGAGUUUCGCUGGAAUCAAAAGUAUCUCGGGCGUGGGCACGACCGUUAAAUGCUGGGGUUGGCUGGAAUAUGAGGUCGACAGGAACCUCCAUCUAGCCUUCCAUGACUGGCGCCUGCCCAGCUACGAAAAGAGUGAUCGAAACUGGGCCUCAGCAAGGAUUUUGAAAACACUGAAGGAGAAUCAUGAGAUGGUUGUUAUCGAGCUGGGCUUCAACAUGCAUUCCGACCAAAGGAGCUUGGAUAAUGAGCUGGAAUCUUUCUGGAGCCCUAUUUUCCAGGAGGUGCUGCCGACUCUGACGGGGAAAGUCAUCUUGUUCGCAGGCCUCUACAGCCCUAUGAACUUUCCGGUUUGUGUUCAAAAGAAGUGCGCCAUCAGCUGGGGUCGAGUUGCGUGGGUCCAGCAGAGUGUCGAGAAGCUAGUCGCAUCCUGGCCUAACAAGACAAGAGAGGCUUCCCAAGGCAAGCUCCUCGUCGUAGACCCUGCACCUAUGGCACUGGCCAUGUUCUUUGAUGGCGAAACAGAAAUGGGUCAAGGCAUGUAUGCCUCCCAACAUUGGCAUCGCUACGACUACUCGCAAGAGCCGGGAAGGAAGGUCUUCGGGACCGUCGCUGAUGUGCUUGGUCAACUCUUCGUCUCGGAGCUCCUUCGAGGUAGGAAGUUUUCGGAAAGCCUCCCGCCUCAGACGGAGACGAACCAAACUACACGAGCCUGCGCACAGUGCCCGGAGACAAGCUGCUGCCCGUGGCGGCCUGUUCCACUGGAGUUGAAGUACAGCCUCGCAAAGCUCGAGGCUCUACCACACUUCGAUAGCUGGGCCCAGUUGCCCCUUGAAGGCUCCCAGCGGAAAAAACGCCAUGCUAACGAGUUCCAGAGUUAUGCGAGGCUGUGGCGACACAAGAAGCCACAAGAAGCCGUGAAGCCAUGGGGAACAACUGCUGUGCCAGCUCCGACGGCGAUAAAGGUCGCCGUUACGAAGCAAGUUCGCGUCCAAGACAUCGUGGACGCUCACAGCUCUGUGGUCCAGUCUGGCGCAGACCUUGCUUUGCUGGAAAGGCUGGAAGGAUCCUCGUGGAUACGCAAGUCGGAUGGCAAUGCAAUGGGCCAGAUCCAAAACUCCGAAGUCGUCUGGGACAGCGGCUUCAAGUCCGCCAACAGCAAGCUGAGUUCGAACGGCACGGCAACGAUAGUCAUGAACAUAAAAGACAAGGAGAAGUCUUACAGCUUCUCAGGUACGGUUGCCUUCGAGGACCCGGUGUCCAUCACCUGGUCGGAUGGCGAUGUCUGGACACGAGUCACAGGCUGA